AUGGGUAGUGUUUUUCUUCCACAUUUACACACAGGAUGGCAUGUUGACCAAGCCAUUGUAACCGAAAAGGAAAGAUUAGUGGUGAUUCGGUUUGGAACGGACAGUAAUAAAGAAUGCAUGAUAAUGGAUGAAAUCCUAUAUUCCAUCGCAGAAAAAGUGAAGAACUUUGCGGCUAUAUAUCUAUGUGACAUCCAGGAAGUGCCUGAUUUCAACGAAAUGUACGAACUCUAUGACCCGAUGACAGUGAUGUUCUUUUAUCAGAAUAAACAUAUGAUGUGCGAUUUUGGUACUGGUAACAACAACAAAAUGAACUUUCUAGUAGACGACAAACAAGAGAUGAUUGACAUUCUUGAAACCAUAUUCCGUGGAGCUCGAAAGAACAAAGGUCUUGUAGUUUCGCCUUAUGAUUAUUCCCAUAAAAGGGUAGAUUGA